AUGAAUGCUCCAGAUCGUUUCGAACUUUUCAUUUUACCAGAUGGUGCAUCAAAAAUCAAAGUUGAACCAGAUUUAAAAGUUGAAAAUGCAGCAAUUGUAACAUUUGAAAAAGAAGAUCAUACAUUAGGUAAUUUAUUAAGAGCACAAUUAUUAAAAGAUGAAAGAGUAGUAUUUGCAGCUUAUAAAGUUGAACAUCCAUUAUUUGCAAACUUUGUCAUGAGAAUUCAAACUGAAGAUAAUUAUACCCCAAGAGAAGCUUUAAAAAAUGCUUGUUAUAAUGUUAUAGCACAAAUUGAAGCAUUGAAAAGUAAAUUCAAAAAUGAAUGGGAUUUGAAAACCUUUGCUGUCGAUGGUUCUGAAUUUUGA